UACAGAAGUUGAUUUUAGCUGGGACUUUUUAACAUCAAUGUUAUUCUAGUGAUGCCAUAAUCCCAGGAUUCAAAAAAUGCUAAGGUUUCUGAUGAUUUGGAGAUGGAAGGACGAUAGAGAGGUACAAGAUGGACCCAAGGAGGGGAUAACAUAGGAAUUGACCCACACAGAUUCACAAAAUCAGAUAAAAAUUGUUUGCUGGAAGGAGUGAUGAUGAAGUAACCCAGACUAUUUUUCUGUGGAAACCCAGGACAUCCUUCUCUCUGACAAUGGACUCUUUCAACAACAGUGACUUCAGACCCUUGCUUCUGACUGGUUUUCCAGGCCUAGAGGCUUCACAUCCACAGAUCUCUGUCCUCUUCUGUAUUCUCUACAUGAUUGCCAUUGUAGGGAACAGUUUAAUCCUGGUGGUGAUCUGGCAAGAACAGUCACUGCAUAAGCCAAUGUACUAUUUCCUUUCCACGUUAGCAGCCAGUGAUCUAGGUCUUUGUGCCACCACCCUGCCCACCCUGCUCGAGCUCUUCUGGCUCAAUGCCCACCAGAUUGCUUUCGACUGUUGCCUGGUUCAGAUGUUCUUCAUCCAUGUCUUCUCCCUCAUGGAGUCAGGCAUCCUGUUGACCAUGGCUUUUGAUCGAUAUGUAGCAAUCUCCAACCCACUCCAUUAUACAGCCAUGUUGACCAACACUACCAUUGUCAAGAUUGGCUUUGGCCUCAUACUUCGGGCAACUGCAGUCAUCCUGCCAGGACCGUUCCUCAUCAAGCGACUAACAUUCUGUAAAGCCAAUGCCCUUUCCCACUCCUACUGCCUUCACCCUGAUAUUAUCAAGCUUUCCUGCUCUGACCAUCGUAUAAAUAGCAUCUAUGGCCUCAUCAUCAUCCUCAUUACUUUUGGUCUAGACUCUGUGCUCAUUCUUCUCUCUUACUUAAGAAUCCUGAUCACAGUGCUGGGCAUUGCCUCCCAUGAGGAACAGCUCAAGGCCUUCAAUAUCUGUGUCUCCCACAUUUGUGCUGUCUUGAUGGUCUACAUCCCCAUGCUAGGUGUAUCCAUCAUCCAUCGCUUUGGGAAGCAUGUCCAACCUGUGAUUCACAUCAUCAUGGGCUACGUUUACCUGCUGAUCCCCCCUGUGCUCAACCCCAUUGUUUAUUGCAUAAAGACCAGUGAGAUCCGCACCCGCAUUCUCAGGCUCUGUCAGACAAAAUAA